CGGCGGCGGCGGCGGCGGCGGCGCCUUGAGGAGCAGCCACGGGGAGGCAGCUGCCGCUCGUCGGUGAGUAUCUGGGAAGCGCCACCAUGACGUUUCGUAAGAAGGGCACCAAGAACCCCCCAGUCCUGAGCCAGGAAUUCAUCCUGCAGAAUCAUGCGGACCUUGUCGCCUGUGUGGGGAUGUUCUUCGUGCUGGGGCUCAUGUUCGAGGGAACAGCAGAAGUGUCGAUCGUUUUUAUUACUCUCCAGCACGGUGUUACCUUCCCUGCCGAAGAAGCAGAAGAAAGAGCCACAGCACCUAAGUUCCUUUAUCAUUAUGGUGCCAAAGAUUUGGCCACAGUGUUCUUCUACAUGCUGGUGGCAAUCAUCAUUCACGCCACUAUUCAAGAGUAUGUCUUGGAUAGAAUUAACAGGCGAAUGCAGUUCCCCAAACCGAAACAAAGCAAAUUUAACGAAUCUGGUCAGUUUAGUGUAUUCUUCCUUGUCUCUUGUAUUUGGGGCACAUUCAUUCUACUCUCUGAAAACUGCCUGUCAGACCUGUCUCUCUUAUGGAGGGCUCAUCCCAAUAACAUGAUGACAUUUCAGAUGAAGUUUUUCUAUAUCUCACAGUUGGCUUACUGGUUUCACGCCUUUCCUGAACUCUACUUCCAGAGAAUCAAACCUCAAGAUCUCUCCCAGCAAGUUGUCUACGUUGGUCUUCACCUCUUUCACAUUGCGGGAGCUUACCUCUUGUACUUGAAUCACCUGGGACUUCUUCUUUUGAUGAUGCAUUAUUUUGUGGAAUUCCUUUCCCACUUUUGCGACCUGUUUUAUUUUAGCGAUGAAAAGUACCAGAAAGAGUUUUCUCUGUGGGCCAUUGUGUUUAUUUUGGGUCGACUCGUGACUUUAAUAGUUUCUGUGAUCACUGUUGGUUUUCACCUGGCUGGAGGGCAGAAUGGGAAUUCGGAUGGCACUACCGAAGAUGUGAACGUGUUGGCAGCUAAAAUUGCUGUUCUGUCAUCCAGUUGCACUAUCCAAGCGUACAUAACAUGGAAUUUAUUUAAUGUUCAGCUUCAGAGGUGGAUGGAAGAAGAUGCUCCUCUUCAGGCCCCAAGUGUGAAGAAGAAACGGACUAAGGGCAGGUUUUCUAGAAAAGGAACAGAAAAUGGUGUGGCAACUUCAAAUAGAGUAGACUCUCCCCAUAUGAGGAAAGAAAAAUCUUCAUAA